GCGGCCGGCCGUCACACCGCACACUCGCCUCUCCACCUCCUGGCUGAGCUGACGCCUCGUUUGUCGUUUUUUCUCCGUUUGCGCAGGCGGUGAAGCUUCUCUCCUGUUUCCAGAACGCUGCGUUCGCCGGCUUCCUGUCUUUUCGCGCGCCCGCGCCGCUCCAAAUGCCUCGCUCGCCGGUGCCGAGGAAACUCCUGGGAGACUUGAGGCCGCAGCAGAGACACACACACACACAGGACGAGCUAGCGGGGCGGCCCUCUCUGCAGCCAGCCGCCUGGACAGAAGCUGAGCGUUUCCGCUGUCUCGACACUUGCAGCUGUUCUCCGCAGUUUUCUCCUCACUCUCCUUUUCGCUCUCGCUCUGCGGCGCCUUGGGGACUCGCAGUUCAGCCUCUUCAAACAGGUCGUCCUUUCACCGAGACGAAGAACUAAGAACGGCUUGUCUAAGAGAACCGUUCCUCUUCUUCUCGGUCGCGCUGAGAGUUCGCGCGGAGAACGUUUUCCUCGCGUUUCUUCGUGGCGUCCUCCCCGCCUCUGGCGAUGCCGCCCAGCUCCCGAGUGUCUGUACACCCCAAUGGAUGCCUCUGCGUACGAGGAGAAGUUGGAUCGCGCCAUUGAGCUGUCUCGCCAGGCGACCGAGCGAGAUAAGGCGGGCGCUUUCGCGGAGGCGUUCGAGCUCUACAAAGCUGCGCUCGACUCCUGGCAUCUCCUCUGCCGAUGUCAGACGAACGCCCUGCUGAAGGCGAAACUCUACAGGAAGAUGGGGGAGUACGUCGCGCGCGCAGAGGUCCUCAAGAACUUUUUAGAGAAGCAGAAACAACAUGCGCUGCACGCCUUCGCAGCUGCUCACCCGGCGCCAGGUUCUCCCUCCUGUGGACUGCCUUUCUCCAGCGCGGUUGCCGGGUGCUGCUCUCCCUCGCCACCCUCUUACGCGGACUGCGCAGCGCGCUGCUCGUCCUCGUCGCGGAGUUCUCCCUUUCCUCAUCUUCUCUCUUCUCUCCCGGCCUCGAGGCGAAGCCGCGACGGAGGCGACGGCUGCGGGUGUACAGGCAGCUGCCGCGCAGACGACUCCGAAGAAGACAAAAUCAGAGAAAAGUUGCUCACGGCAAUCGUAACCGAGAAACCUGAAGUCCGGUGGCAUCAUAUUGCAGGACUGGAGGCGGCGAAAGAGGCCCUGCAGGAGGCUGUCAUUCUGCCCUCUCGCUUCCCCAGUCUCUUCACAGGGGAACGCACUCCCUGGCGAGGAAUUCUCCUUUACGGCCCCCCAGGGACGGGGAAGACUUUUCUCGCGAAAGCAGUCGCCGCGGAGGCCCAGGCGACCUUUCUCUCAGUUUCGUCGGCAGACCUUGUGAGCAAAUGGCAGGGAGAGAGCGAAAAACUUGUGCGGUCGCUCUUUGCGAUGGCUCGCGAGCGAAGACCCUCGAUCAUCUUCAUCGACGAAAUCGACUCGAUGUGUGGAGCGAGAAGCGAAGGAGACAGCGACUCUUCGCGACGCAUCAAGACCGAGUUCCUCGUGCAGAUGCAAGGCCUCCAGAAGGACGCACCCGGAGUCCUCGUCCUUGGAGCCACCAAUGUGCCCUGGGCUCUCGACUCAGCAAUUCGUCGCAGAUUCGAGCGCCGGGUGUACAUUCCCCUCCCCGACCUCCGCGCGCGUCUUCAACUCGUUAGCCUCUCACUCGGCACCACUCCGCAUCAGCUCGGCGAUGCAGAGUUCGACACUCUGGCGCGGCAAACUGAAGGAUUCAGUGGUGCGGACAUCUCGGUGGUUGUGAGAGACGCGCUUUUUCAGCCUCUGCGCAAAUGUCGAGCCGCGACACACUUCAAAAGAGUCUUUCUGGACGGCACCCAUUUCCUCUCGCCUUGUCCCCCUGGAGACAGCGACCCGAGCAAAGUGGAGAUGCGCCUCAUGGAGGUGCCACCGAACCGUCUGCUGCCGCCGGAGUUGUCCAUGGAAGAUUUCAUCGCCGUUCUUCGGAAUGCCCGUCCGUCUGUGAGUGAAGAGGACAUUCGUCGCCACGAGGAGUGGACGCGGCGGUUCGGCGUCGAAGGUCAGUGAGACAGCCGCUGCGAAGAGAGACGAGGAAGAACGCAGAGAAGGAGGUCUGUAUCUUCGAGGCAGCUCUGUCCUUUCUCGUCACACUCCACGCGGACGCAGGGGCGCCUUUUUGUGGCGAGAGCAUGCGUUGAGAACCGAAAGGAAUGCAAAGCGAGCUCGGACAAGAACAGGAAGAAGAGGGGAGAAGAAGAAGAAGACGAAGAAGAAGACGCGGAAGAAGAAAGCACCCGCGGAGGUCUGGUCACUGUGGUGUGAAGGCAGAGGCGGAGAAGUCGCGCUUCCUUAAAGAUAACAACGCAGGCAUGUGCGAAACUUAAGAGACUUUUUCCUCAAACGUUCCACAGCGUUCAAAUAGUCCUUUCUGUAGCUACGUUAGUCUGUUUUCACAUUUUUAUCAGUCAACACUCCUCGGACUACAGAUAUAUAUAUAUAUAUAUAUGUAUGUAUAUAUGUACAAGUAUAUGCUUACAUCUGUAUAUGUCUGUGUAUGUAGGUCUGCAUAUGUGCGGUGCGAGCGUACGUCGUUGAUGCCUCAUGCAAAGAGGCGUGAGUUGCGAAAUUUAGCAGGGAAGUUGGGUG